GUGCCUUUCUUUUCCUAUAAAGCCUCUUGCCUACUGAUCUUGAUUCUUGACACACCUAGUUCGCAUACAAAAGUAACUUAUUUUUUUACACCCAAUUGAAAACCUGCACCAAGCACUACAAUGGAUACCUACCAAGCUCCAUGGCGCUUACGCCUAGGCUCUGCCUUCCGGACUGUGCUAGCCUGCACCAUAGUGGGUUGCACCACCCUCUACGGGCCAGAACCAGUCCGUCGUUUCUUAACAUUUCCCGCCUUUUCCUAUGUGACAACUAUCUUAAUUGUCUCAGAUGCUAAACUUGGUGAUACCCUGAGAGGUUGCUGGAAUGUUUUAUGUGCCAGCAUUCAAGUAAUGCUCCCUUCUAUGCUGAGUCUCUGGUUGAUUGGACCGUCCAGGUUCAGCCGUGGACUAGCUGCUAUGGCAGUGGCACUUAGUUCAUUCCUGAUCGCGUUGCCUGAUUCCACUCAUUUGAUGCUAAAGAGAAUUGCCUUCGGGCAGACUGUGAUUGUUUAUGUAGGUGCAGUUAUUGAAGGUGCAGAAACUGGAGUCAUAAUCCACCCAAUUCAUGUGGCAAUGAGUACUUCUCUUGGUGCCUUGGCUUCUAUUCUAGCUAUGUUGUUUCCAUACCCUCACCUAGCCUACCGUGAGGUCAAAAAGACAUGCAGAUUCUAUGCAGAAAAUGCUUCGAGCAGGUUAAAUCUCUUAGUGGAAGCUUUCUGUGCACAAGACAACAUGACAGCACAUAAUUUAAUAACAGAAGCAAGGUUUUUUUCUAAAACAGGAGCCAAGCUUCUUCGAAGUAUCAAAGACCAACAUGAAGGCAUGCUUUGGGAGAAACCUUGGUUGAGAUUCUUGAAACCUAAGCGCUCGGAUCCUGGAGAGAAAUUCCAAGAGAUGGAAAUGCAAAUUCAAGGGAUGGAAUUGGCCUUGACCACUUGCACUUCCUUCCCAGUCAGAAUGAUGAAUGAAGAGCUCCAAGGUGUUUUACAAAUUUCAAAGAAACAGAUAGCUCUAAAACUAGAACAAGCUACAUGUUCCGUGCCUUUUGAUGCAGCAACAGCUCCAGAGACGAAGGGAGAAUAUACAGACAGAUCCUCCUGGAACCUAAAAGCCAUUUCAACAAUCCAUGAAGAUCUGUCACCCUUCUUCUUCUUCUUCUGUAUGGAACUCCUUCAAGAUGGUCCUGAGUGCAUUGUAAAGAAUGGUGAGGAAGCUAAAAUACAAGAAUCAAGUCAGUCAAAGAAGCAGGGAAAAGGUAGAGUGAAACAGCUCUGGUGCAGCCUGCUGAGUUUCAGCAAGCGACUAGCCAGUGAAAAUUUGGUUUUUGCAAUCAAGUGCUCACUUUCUCUAGGUCUUGCUGUGCUGUUUGGUUUGAUAUAUAACAAAGAGAACGGAUAUUGGUCAGGACUAACCGUUGCCAUAAGUUUUGUAACAGGGCGACAAGCAACAUUUACAGUGGCUAAUGCCCGAGCACAGGGGACGGCAAUGGGAUCAGUAUAUGGAAUACUAUGUUGCUUUAUUUUUCAAAAGCUUAAGGAUUUUAGGUUCUUACUCCUACUUCCUUGGAUCAUUUUCACCAGUUUUCUGAGGCAUAGUCGCAUGUAUGGCCAAGCUGGUGGGAUUGCAGCGGUUAUAGGGGCAUUACUAAUCUUGGGAAGGAAAAAUUAUGGCACUCCUAGUGAAUUUGCAAUUGCUAGAAUCACAGAGGCUACCAUUGGAUUAAUCUGUUUCACCACAGUGGAGAUUCUCUUGCAUCCAGCAAGAUCUGCAACCCUAGCAAAAAGAGAACUUUCAAGGACCUUAGGAACACUUCAAGAUUGCUUUCAGGUAAUAGCUCUUUACACCAACCAAAAGGAAAUUUCGGGAGAACAGACGAGAGAAAAGCAGAAGAAGCUGAAAUAUCACGUCAGGGAACUGGAGAAUUUCAUUGCAGAAGCUGAAUUGGAGCCUAAUUUCUGGUUCCUGCCUUUUCAUUGCAGUAGCUAUAAUAAGCUUCUAAGGUCUGUUUACAAAAUGGCAGAUUUAUUAACCUUUACGAUCCAUCAAAUUGAAUUCCUCUCACAAGAAUCCCAGAGGCUGGGAAUUAAUUGGGAGGAGAUCCGAGAACAGAUAAACAAUGAUGUAGUACAUCUCAUGGACAAAACUGGCUCUUUGCUGAAAUGCCUGGAUGAGGAGUUACUAGUCAAGUCCCUAGCAGAGCUUGAAAAAGAGUUGCAAAUGAAAAACGUAUCCCCUGACCUUGAGUUGGGAAAAUCACCAAAUACAGAUGUCUCUCCACGUUUGGGGCCUGAAGAAAACAGCAUUGCAGAGAUCGGAAAGUCUUUUCUUCAAAAUACAAUGGGAGUUGCGGAUAAGACCGAGGGUACCGAGGGUAAUGAAGUUGAAGAGAACCUCAAGAGCCAAAUGGUUCUCUUUCUGAGCAGCCUAGGGUUCUGUCUUAAUAAUUUGAAAAGAGAAGCCACAGAAAUGGAGAAAGAAAUAGCGGAACUACUGAAAUGGAGAACCCAGCAAGGCAUGUAAAUUUGCAUUAACUGUUAU